CCUGGCAGCUGAAGGCGCCGUACGGAGCUGCCAGGACCUGCCGCCUCUCCCACAAUCCCCCGCGCGCGGGGCCCCCAUCUCCUUUUCCUUCCUUCUUCCGGUGCGGCCCAGCGGCGGACGGCCGCCAUCCCGCUCCCGGCACCAUGCCUGCCCUCAGACCGCUGGUGAAACCUAAGAUCGUCAAGAAGAGGACCAAGAAGUUCAUCCGCCAUCAGUCUGAUCGCUAUGUCAAGAUCAAGCGCAACUGGCGUAAACCGAGGGGUAUCGAUAACAGGGUCCGCCGGCGGUUCAAGGGCCAGAUCCUGAUGCCCAACAUUGGCUACGGCAGCAAUAAGAAGACAAAGCACAUGCUGCCCUCGGGGUUCAGAAAGUUCCUGGUCCACAACGUCAAAGAGCUGGAGGUGCUCAUGAUGAGCAACAAGUCCUACUGCGCCGAGAUCGCCCACAACGUGUCCUCCAAGAACCGGAAGGUGAUCGUGGAGAGAGCGGCCCAGCUCGCCAUCAAGAUCACCAACCCCAACGCCAGACUGCGCAGCGAGGAGAACGAGUGAAGCGGCUGCUGCAGCCCAGAUGUAUUUAAUAAAAUGUAAAACCAAA